AUGGCGAACACAGUGUACGAAAAGAAGAAAUGCCUAUAUAGUGGUCCCUUUUGUGACAUUUACUCGGCCACAGAUGGCAACAACAAGCCCAUGGCAUUAAAGGUCGUUGAUGUGGACUUCCUCAAAAAGCCCCAUAAUUUCCGCCAGGAAAUCCGCUUGCUUCGGCGGCUAAAGCAUCCUGGGGUGGUUGAAUUCCUUGACGAGUACAAAUCAGGCGAAGAUUUUGUGCUAGUGAUGCCAUUGUACGCUGGAGACUUGGUUUCAGUGAUGGAGUCCCACAAAAGGAAACGUGUUCGCUUCAAUUUGGCCGAUCCCACGGCAAACACCAUCACAGAGAAAAACGAGCUUCCGCUAGGCGACUGUCGGAAAAUCGUGGCGCUGCUUCUUGAUUCUAUCAAGUACGUUCAUUCUCAGGGCAUAAUCCACCGCGAUAUCAAGCCGGCAAAUAUCAUGUUCAGCCUGUUGGAGGAUUUGAGUGCGCCCGUCCUUGGCGACUUUGGCAUUGCAUACGAUACAACCACUGUGUCUAUAAGCGAGCCGUCUCAUGAGAAAAUCUCCGACAUCGGCCUGGGUUACUACAGGGCGCCGGAGCUUUGCUUUGGUGUUUCAGAUUAUGGCUACGAGGUAGACUUGUGGGCCAUGGGAAUUGUCAUCAGCUAUCUAUAUUCGUCGGAUGGAAAGCCAGCAAACUACUAUAAGGAGCCUGAAAUGGGCCACGGUGCGGAACUCAACGACCUUGCGUUGAUCCAAGGCACUUUCAAUGCUUUUGGCACACCUGACGCCUUUAACUCUGAAAGUCCCUACUUCUGGCCUCGCUUGGCGGACCCAGAUUGUCAUUUCACUGCGUUCAAUUACUCAAAACAGGAGCGGAAACCAAUAGACAAACUUCUACCCCGGUGCGACGAUGCUGAAGUUGCACGAGUCUUUGAGUGGUUGACGAAAUAUCAUGGGCGGGAGUUGCAUCUUUUGUCCAAAAAAUAG